AUGGUUGCAAAGGUCAUUUAUGAAUUAUCGAGUAAGAUUCAUCCCUUUACAGGUGAUCCGAUCGAAUAUUUGGAUGAUAAUUAUUUAAUUUUGGUGAAUGCUUUAAGUUUGUAUGAUAAGAAAUAUUAUGAGAAGGAUCACGGAAAGACUGGACUACUCUCAAAAGUUAUUCCAUUCAUUGUAAAAUUAGUGUUGGAAAGUGAUAAAUAUCUAAAGCCGAAUAGUUUACCUUACUUGAGGAGAGGCAAUAAUUUGACAGUGGAAAUUACAAGGAUGGCAGCUGCCUCUUUGUUGGCAAAUAGCUUUUUUUGUUUGUGGAAGAGAGCUUGUUAUGAGGAGUGUUGGGAAAUAUUUCCAUCCAUUAAUUUUACAGAUAUGUAUAGUACUGAAAUAAGUGAAGAGUAG